UACAUGGCAACUUGGCAUAUUUCAAUUUGUUUUUUGUAAUUUGUAUCAAUAUUUUGCAAUUAUGAACUAAAAAUUAAAUGUAAUAAUGGCUUUUGUAAGUGCAGUUACCGGUGAUGAUUCUACAAAAAAGUUUAUGGACGUUUUACAAAAUGAUUUUAAGACCCUAAGCUUAGAGACCAAGAAAAAGUACCCCCAGAUAAGAGAGGCAUGUGAUGAAGCUAUAGAGAAGCUGUCCCUAGCAUCCAAUAACCCUCAGGCGUCGCUGUACGGGGUCGUCAAUCAGAUCCUGUACCCCCUGGUACAGGGUUGUGAAUCUAAGGAUGUUAAAAUAAUCAAAUUCUGCCUAGGAACGAUACAGAGGCUGAUCGCCCAGCAGGGUAUAGAUGCGAAGGGGGCACGCCAUGUCGUUGACUGUCUAUACAACCUCGGCCAGGCGGGCAUGCUGGAGCUGAAGCUGCUGCAGACAGCUGCACUGCUCAUGACCACAUCGCAUCUCGUGCAUGGCGACACGUUAGCUAGGACGAUGGUGAUGUGCAUGCGGAUGGUGGUGUGCGGUGAGGGGCGGGACGUGAGCACGUCGCACGCCGCCGCCGCCACAGUGCGGCAGCUCGUCGCGCUGGUGUUCGAGCGCGCGCUCGCCGAGACUGAAGGUACACUGAAGGUAAACGCAGCGGACGUGAGAAUACAGACCAACCUCAAGGCGCCGAAAGACCUCAAACCAUGUGCCGUUGAUGCUUAUCUCAUAUUACAGGACAUAAUCCAGCUGGUGAAUGGUGACUCGGCGAACUGGCUGGCCGGCAUCGCGGAGGUGCCCAAAACCUUUGGCCUGGAGCUCCUAGAUACUGUUCUCACUGACUUCUCCGCUGUAUUCUUCAAGAUACCAGAGUUCCGGUUUCUGCUGAAGGAGCAUGUGUGUGCUUUGAUCAUAAGACUAUUCUCACCCAACGUUAAGUACAGGGCGGCGCUACCGGUGGCGCACAUCCCGGGGGGUGGGGCGGCGGCGGCGGGGGGCGGCGCGGCGGAGCGCCCGCACUUCCCCGUCACCAUGCGUCUGCUGCGCCUCGUGUCCGUCAUCCUGCACCGAUACCAUGAGCUGCUGGUGACGGAGUGCGAGAUAUUUUUGUCGCUGACGAUCAAAUUCCUGGAUCCAGACAAGCCGCUGUGGCAGCGCGCGCUCGCGCUCGAGGUGCUCCAUAAGAUGACCAUACAGCCAGAGUUACUGGGCGCGUUCUGUGCGUGCUACGAUAUGCGGCCGCACGCCACCAACAUAUUCCAGGACAUCGUGACCGCGCUCGGCGCGUACGUGCAGUCCCUCUUCGUCGCCGGCAGCGCCACCGCGCCCGCACCGGCGGGUAACGUGACGACGCAGCAGUCGGGUUUUCACUGGAAGGGGGUGUGGCUACCGUUAUGCGUCACUUUCGAGCCCGGCACCGCCAAGUCAAUAUAUAUAGAGAUGCUGGACCGCACGGAAGCGCCAAGCAUACAGGAGGGGUACGGCAUCUCGGUGGCGUACGCGUGCCUCGUCGAGAUCAUACGGUCCAUCGCCAUCGCCGUCGAGGGGCAGGACUACUUCAGAUUACAAGAAUUAUACGACGACAACCAGGCUGACACUGAAGAAAAAGAAAUUAAUUCAAACAAGCUAAUAGAAAAUCAAAAAGACACAGAAACAAAGGUGGACAAUGAUGAAAUAACGAAGAACGGCCACGAGGGCUCCGACCAGAACUCCAAUGUGGUAGAAAAGACUGACAACGAUGCUGAGGAUAAAGAUAGGCAGCUCAAGCUACAGCUGAUCAAGUCGUCGUGGUGCGGUCUAGUGUGGGGUUUGUCGGUACUGGCGGAGGCGAGUGUGGGCGAGCUCGACAACAUUCUGCGCGCCGUGCAGACGUUAGCGCGGAUUAGCGGCAAGAUGGGCGUGAGCGUGGCUCGCGAUGCGUGCUACGGCGCGCUGUGUCGGUGCGCGCUGCCGGCGGCGUACUGCGUGCCCGCGGUCGGCGCGCUCGCAGCGCUGGCGGGCCCGUGGCCGGCGCGCGCGGCACCAGACCCGAGACAUCACGUGGUGUGGGUGGGCACGCCUCUCCCGAGCGCGGCGCCGGCGCAGCAACAGGCGUUCGUGAUGGUGACGGCGCGGCACGUGGCAGCGAUGCGAGCGCUGCUGGCGGCCGCACGCCGCGACGGCGACACCAUACACACCGCCUGGUUGCCCGUGCUCACCACGUUGCAGCACCUCGUGUGGAUCCUAGGCCUCAAGCCGUCGACCGGCGGUUGUAUGAAGGCGAGCCGCGCCGCUGCCGACGCCAACGCCGUCAUGAGCACCUCUGCUGUCAUGGCCGACUUGCCCGGGCAGCAAGUUCCAGUGGCGGAGUCGUUGGGCGUCAUGAGCGCUCUAUCCGCCAUGUUGUCUCGUGUUUUCGAGGCAUCGAAGAAUUUGGACGAUGAUGCACUACAUCACCUGAUAGAUGCCCUUUGCAAGCUGUCCAAUGAGGCUAUGGAGUUGGCUUAUUCAAACAGGGAACCAUCUCUGUUUGCUGUCGCCAAGUUGCUAGAGACUGGAUUAGCGAAUAUGCACAGGAUAGAGAUCAUGUGGAGACCAAUAACAAAUCAUCUGCUAGAAGUAUGCCAACACCCUCACAUCCGCAUGCGGGAGUGGGGCGUGGAGGCUAUAACGUACCUGGUGCAGGCCGCCUUCCAGUACCAUCACAACAACCCCAGCCAGGUCACUGAUGCGCGGCAACGUCUCAUUCUGGAACCGCUGGCGGAGCUGUGCGGCGUGCGGCACGCGGACGUGCGCGCCCGCCAGCUGGAGUGUGCGGCGCGCCUGCUGCACUCGCGCGGCGACCAGCUCGGCGCCGCCUGGCCGCUCAUGAUGGAGAUCGUCGCCGCUAUAUCCGACCACCACAGCGAACAACUAGUGCGGUCGGCGUUUCAAUGCGCGCAGCUAGUAGCGGGAGAUCUGCUGGGCUGCGCCGGGCCGCGCUGUCUGCGCCGCGUGCUCGCCGCCGCUGCUGCCUUCGCACGACAGACUAAGGAGCUUAAUAUUAGUCUCACUGCCGUUGGUUUAAUGUGGAACAUCUCAGACUACCUAUACCACAAUCGCGACAAGCUAUCAGCAGCGUUGGGGAGCGAGGCGGUGGCGCCCGACCCUCAGCCCGACCUGCCGCCGCUAGACAACCUGUGGAUGUGUCUCUACGUGCGACUCAGUGAGUUAUGUACGGAGCCGCGUGCGCCCGUGCGUCGCGCCGCCAGUCAGACGCUGUUCAGCUGUAUCGGGGCGCACGGCUCGCUGCUCAGCAAGCCCGCCUGGCGAGCACUCCUCAACGUGCUAUUCCCUAUGUUAGACCAGGUCCAGAAACAGUCGAACAUAGCGAGCUCGGAGAAGGUGGACACGGGCGAACACAUCCUCAUACACCACACGCGCAACACCGCGCAGAAGCAGUGGGCGGAGACUCAGGUGCUGACGCUGUCGGGAGUGUCGCGGGUUUUCCACUCGCGGUUCCAGCUGCUGAUGACGAUCGGUGACUUCAACCGCUCCUGGGCAGCGCUGCUCGACUACAUCACAGACUUCGCACUGCGACGCAGCCACGAGGUGUCAGUGGCGGCGCUAAAGUCGUUCCAGGAGGUAGUUGGUGCAGCGGGGCGGGCGGAGGGGGCCGGGGGCGCGCCCCCUGGUGCGGCGGGGGCGGUGGCGCGCCGAGUUUGGGCUGCCGCGUGGGCCGCCUGGACGUGUAUAGCUGAUCACGUUACUGUUGAUACACCAGAAGUACGUGAGGACGGUAAGCCUGUGGAGGUGUACGCGCCGUCUCUCAACUUCCUCACCACGCUCGUGCAGAUAUUCCCGCUCAUCUUCCAGCACAUUAGACCCACAUUCACGCCGGCCGACGUUAAGAAGCUGGGCGAGUGUUUGGCCAACAUCUGCAGCGUGGAGCCCUCCGCCUCCGCCCUCGACGGCAUCGGGGGCGGAGCGCCCGUCAGCCUGCACGCUCUGCACUGUCUCGAUACUAUACAUAAGGAAGCGCUAGCUCGUCACGAACUGCUGCCGCCGAUGUUCUCUGCACUGACGGGUCUGGCGAGCGUGGCGGGCGGGGCGGGCGCGCGCUGUCUCGCCGCUGCCACCGCGCUGUACCGCGCAGCGCCUGCGCACAGCGCCACCGUGCUGCCUCAUCUGCUGCAGGCUCUUCACACAGCUGUGAAAAAAUGCGGUGCGGAAAAGAGACGGCCGAGUCUCGCUAGAGAGAGAGAACAGCCAGAAGAUACGACGCACAUAGCAUCGUUGUUGUUACAAGUACUAGCUACAGGGUUACCACUAGCGAGGGAAAAGCCGGACGAGUACAGUGAAUUCUGGAACAUUCUUCCCGAUGUUUUGGAAACUUUCAUGUUUGAACCACCUGUGGGCGGGUCUAGUGAAGCUCGCGAGCUAGUGGGCGUGGUCAGGGAGGAGGUGUUACGUGCGACGCCCGCGCCGCCGUCGCUGCCCGCGCGCCGCCUGCUCGCCCUCGUGCGUGCGGGCUCCAUGCACGCACACCCGUAUACCGCUGCACAGAACGAGCAGGAGCUACGCGAGCGGGAGGAGUUCGCGCGCACGUGCUUUGAGACGCUGCUACAGUUCUCCAUGUUGGAGGACGUCGACGCCGCGCCGGACACCGACGACGAGGCGGACCCGCUGGCGAUCAUGCCGCUGCUGGAGCGGUUCCAGGAGGUGCUAAGCCGGUACGCCACCACCGCCGACGACGACCUGCCCAGACACCAGCUUUCGGAGAUAUCGUUCGUGCUGAAGGCGAUCACAACGCUUGGCGAGGCGAUGCAGCGCGCGCCGCCCACCAAGAUAGACCCCGCCGCGUGGCAUAAGCUCAUCGAUGUGUAUCCGUCGCUCGUGCGUCUCGCUGCGUCGGGUCGCGCGCGAGGCGCGUCGGCUGCGCUGCAGGGCGCGCUGAUGCAGUUCGCGGCGCUGCUGUGCGCCCCCGCCCACCCCGCGCCGCUCUAGCGCCGCACCAAGUACACCAUCCGCAUAUAGAGCACGCGCCUAUAGCCGCCAAGCGGUGACGGACGCGGUGGCUGUGUUAUAUGAACGUUUGACGCCUGUACGCCAUUGAUGUAAUACUGUAUAUAAAUAGAUGCUCAUUGUAUAUGU